AUGGAAGAUGCAGCCGAGCCCCUGUUCUCGACACACCCGACUGACGCUGACUGCAUCCCGACCGUAAUGGAGAUCCCCAAGGUCUCAAGCUCGGAUGUCUCGAGCUCGGAGGAGCAUACACCUAGCGAUACAGCAGAGCUGCCUCAUCUGGUCAUCCGGUUAAUUCAAUGCCAACAAUGCUCCCGCCCUUGCGAAGUCCGCUCCGCCUACCAUGCGGGAAUUCAGUCUGUCGGGAAUGCUUACCUGCCCUUCGGCCGCGUAAGGGUAUUACUUACCCCGUGGCGGAGGGGAGGGACCAGGAAUUUACGUGCUUUUGGAAAGGAAGUAAGGCGUGUGUUGGGGAUCAUUGUGAUGGAGACUGCGGCGGUGAUGUGCUGCUUGGGAAAUUGGUUGGUCUUUUUGGGGAAAUACUGGGGUCAGAGGCAAACAAGGCAAACAACGUGCCUCAAGAUUUGUCUCAGGAUGACGGGCCAUUACUGCGAUGGAAAACCGAUGGGCGGAAUCAAAAUGCAAGUGCACAGUUGCAGCGACAUGGGUGGCUGGGGGGGAAUCUAUAACCUGGCACUGGAAGGCCGGUUCCCCUCUGAUGCAUGUGAGGUUAUCUAUGGAGAUUCUACUACCCCAGCCGGAAGCAUUGAAUCGCAGGAUCUCAUUGACUUUCAAACACUGCGAGACAGACUCCGCGCCGAGUUAGACUGCCAGGUUUGCUAUUCACUCGUCUUGGAUCCGAUGACCACGCCUUGUGGCCACACCUUCUGCCGAAAAUGUGUCGCGCGGGUUUUAGACCAUACCGAUCUGUGCCCCAUUUGUCGCCGAAAGCUAGGAAUGCCUAAUGAUCUACAGUCAGAACCCAUAAAUCAGACUGUGACGCGGCUGGUUGACUACCUUUUCCCCGACCAAAUCUCACUCAGGCGGGAGACAAGCGCCCAGGAUGAAACAGGCCCUGAUUACGAGAAGAACUUGCCACUUUUCGUGUGCACCCUAUCAUUCCCGACAAUGCCGACUUUCCUCCAUGUCUUCGAGCCCAGGUACCGACUUAUGAUUCGCCGUGUUCUCGCAAGUGGAAAUGGAAAGUUUGGUAUGGUCAUGUACAACCGGCAACGCCGGGCACUGCCAGGUCAACGGGAAGACGUACCAUUCGUGCAAUACGGAACCCUCUUGAUGAUCGAGCGAUAUGAGUUGCUUCCUGAUGGCCGCAGCCUUGUGGUGGCUACAGGCGUGUCGCGGUUCAGGAUACUCGACUCGGGAAUGCGGGAUGGCUAUUUUGUUGCCAGAACAGAGCGCGUAGACGAUAUCUCGCUCGCAGAGGAGGAGCGGCUCGAGUCGAUGGAAACCUCAACGGAUGGCGUAAAUGCUCUGCCAGAAGAGAAUGAAUCUGAUCCCCCAUUAGACUCAGUGUCGACGCAACAGUUACUCCUCUUGGCAAGAGAUUUCAUCAGCAACCAGCGCAGAUCUGGGGCUCCUUGGCUGCACCCACGCGUUAUGCUAGCAUAUGGUCCCAUCCCCACAGAUGCAGCGCUCUUCCCUGGUGGUUUGCAAGCAUUUUGCCCAUCUCCGAAGAAGAAAAAUAUCCUAUACUCGCUGCCACAAGUGUUCGAGAGAGACUGA